AUGUUCACUGGCAUCGUCGAAGAGAUAGGGGUGGUCGCCGCGCUCAACCCUCACGAUGAGACAGGCGGCACAUCCCUGACCAUCAACCUGCCCGCAGAGUCCACCCUCCUGUCAGACUGCCAUGAGGGCGACUCCAUCGCCGUCAACGGCGUGUGCCUCACCGUGGUGACCUUCACGCCCAAGGACCCCCUGCCCUCCUUCACGGUGGGCGUGGCGCCCGAGACGCUGCGCGUCACCAACCUGGGCAGCCUGGCGACGGGGUCGCGGUGCAACCUGGAGCGCGCCGUGCGGGCCGACACGCGCAUGGGCGGCCACUUCGUGCAGGGCCACGUCGACACCGUCGCCGAGAUAGCCAGCAUGCAGCCCGACGGCAACGCCGUCACCAUCCGCUUCCGCCCCGCCAAGCGCGACGUGCUGCGCUACGUCGUCUACAAGGGCUACGUCGCCCUCGACGGCACCAGCCUGACCGUCACCAAGGUCGACGACGCCGAGGGCUGGUGGGAGGUCAUGCUCAUCGCCUACACCCAGGAGAAGGUCGUCAUCGCCAAGAAGAAGGUCGGCGACACCGUCAACGUCGAGGUCGAUAUGAUGGCCAAGUACGCCGAGAAGUCGAUCCUCUAUGCGGGCGAGGGAGCCUCGUUCUCCUUCAUCAAGGAGGUGGAGAAGACGGUGGAGAAGAUUGUUGCGCAGGGCUUGGGUGGACACGCAGCGUGA